AUGCUCCGCCCUGCCAAACGCAAAACGCAAUCCUCUACCCUCUUCACCUCUGCCUACGAAUCCGACAAUCACGAAUCCCCAGGAUCCGUAGAAGCCAACGCCGGUACAACAACAGCACUCACUACCGGUUCUACCAUGUCCGCUCUCACACCCGAGGCUGAUGGUGGAGUAGACGCACUGGGUGGAGUUGGGGUGGAUGAUCCACGUAAACCCCUCUUGGGCACAACAGGAGCAGGGGUUAGAUAUAAGCUUCAGACUAAGAAUAGGAUUCUGAAUGACGACGGGUCUUAUAAUGCAACUACGAUUUCUGAAUCAACAUCUUUUUCACAUCGUGAAGGGAAUGAGCCAGAAUUGGAAUUAGAAGAAGACGAGGACGAAGAAGAAGAGCAAGAAAACACAAUGGAGAAUAUUAGUCGGAAAUCGCAGUGGAUUUUAUUGGCGGUGGCUAGUGGUGCUUGUGCGGCUUUCAAUGGAGUUUUUGCGAAAUUAACGACAACACAAUUAACGACUUCAUUCGCAGAGCAUGUUGCAGGAUUUUUUGGAUUGGGGGAGGGUGAAAAGGUUGUUGAAUAUGGUGUGCGAGGAAUAUUUUUCCUCCUCAACCUGGUCUUCAAUGGUAUAAUGUGGACUCUCUUUACCAAAGCCCUCGCUCGUGGUACCUCAACCGUUCAAGUUUCUAUCAUAAAUACAUCGUCCAAUUUCAUGAUAACGGCCGUUCUUGGCUUUAUAAUAUUCUCGGAAAGUUUGCCACCAUUAUGGUUUCUAGGCGCGGCAUUGUUAGUUGCAGGGAAUGUGAUUAUUGGGAGAAGAGAAGAGGAAGAGAAGGGAAAUGGUGGAAAUGAUAUGGAAAAUGGAGAAAGUAGACGGAGAAGCGGAAGCGAAGGAGAGGAAAGGGAAGGACUAUUAGGGGAAGAGUUGGAACUGGGCGGGGGUAUUGUGGAGGGUUCUGAUGACGAACGUUCUAAAAGAGAUGAUGAUGUUCUGGAUUUGGGAUUGGAUGAUGAGGGGAAGAGUGACGAGGAAGAGGAUUUAUUAAUCCAUUGA